UUUCAUCUAUCUGAUUGACCCAUCGACCAAUCAACCGCUUACUGUGUAGUGAACUGGAGUUCGUCUGCAUUCCAUGAACGACCAGUUAAGUACUAUCGUUCUACACAUCCUAUCCAAUCCAUUAUUCAGUCUCAGCUCAGCGCUCACUUGCAACACUCCUUUCAAGCCCCCUCCACAAGAGCUUAUAUCACGUCGUAACAAUGUCGUUCACCGAUUUAUGGAUCUAGUUAUCGGAAACAAAUUCGGAAGUCAAGCAAACAGGAUCUUCCCUUUCAACUGUGCAACCGCUUCAUAACAAAAAACAGUCAACUCUAUACCAUGUCAUCCUAUCUGCUUGUCACGACAUGUUGUCUGUUUGCAACCCUAGGGUCCUUUUUAUUUGGCUAUGAUUCUGGGGUCAUCUCCACUGUUAUUGACCAGGAGGUGUUCAAAGACCGAUUCCACCGUCCCUCCGAUGCGGCCACGGGCGGGAUCGUCGCCUCGUAUAAUGGCGGCGCUAUCAUAGGCUCUUUGCUUGUCUCAUACCUCUCCGACCCGUGGGGAAGAAAACCCGUGCUGUUUGUCGGCGGUCUUCUUGCGACUCUUGGGACCGCCUUGCAGGCUGGUGCGGUCAGUGUGGCCAUGCUCAUCGCUGGCCGCUUAACUGCCGGCCUGUCAGUGGGACUGAUGUCAUCCAUCAUCCCCGUAUACUGUAGCGAACUGUCACCUCCACGGAUCCGAAGCUUCCUAGGAUCCCUCCAGCAAUGGAUGAUAGGAUUGGGGGCAGUGGUUGCACAAUGGGUAGGAUACGGCUGCUCCCUCCGCACGGGGAACUUCGCCUGGAGUUUCCCUCUCGCCUUCCAAGCUCUACCCGCGAUAGUUCUUAGCUGCGGAAUUUGGUUCCUCCCCGAAUCCCCUCGCUGGCUCAUCGAACAGGGCCGCACCGACGAAGGCCGCGCCACGCUCACCCGCCUUCACACGGCCAACACCGCCCUCAUCGACAGCGAAUACAUCCAGAUCCUCGCCAGCAUCGCCGAAGAGCGACGCGCCGCCCCGCGCACCUGGCGCGCCCUCCUCUUCACCUCAGCGACCUGGCGCCGUCGCAUCCUCCUCGCCUGUGGCAUGCAGGCAUUUACGCAAUGCUCCGGCACCAACAUAAUCUCCACCUACAACCCGAGCCUCUACCGCUCCCUGGGCCUGUCGGAGAGUACCUCCCUGAUGAUCCAGGGUAUCUGGGGCGCGCUGGCCCAGUUCUGGAACACCGUUUUCAUCAUCCUCUUCAUCGACCGCGUGCCGCGCCGCACCCUCCUCCUCCCCUCCCUCGUGGGAAUGGGCGCCACCAUGUGCAUCGAAGCCGCCUUGGGCCAAGCUUACCACAAUUUCUCCUCCGCCGGCCAGUCGCCGGCGACCGCGGUGCGCGCCGCCAUCGCCCUGUUCUUCGUCUUCUCCAUCUUCUUCACCAGCCUCGGCCUCAUCUCCUGGCUCUACCAGUCGGAGAUCUUUCCCACCGCCAUCCGCGCCCGCGGCGCCUCCAUCGCCACCGCCACCAACUGGAGCUUGAACCUCAUCUUCGCCCAGUGCACCCCCAUCGCGCGCUCGCGCAUGGGCUUCAACUACUUCUACUGCUUCGCCGCGUUCAACUGGGCUGCCGCCGUGCUGGUCUGGUUCGCCUACCCGGAGACUGCGGGCCGGUCGCUCGAGGAGGCGGAGCAUGUGUUCGAUGGUCACGGAGACGGACACUCGGAAGAUGAACGGGAACAGCAGGGGGUGGAGCUCCAGGAUCUGAGUAAAGGGGGAGUGGCUGUGAUCGCCACCGCCGCGAGUGCGGAGCCGUCCCUUCGCAGGCGAUCUCAGGUUAUGCUUUGA